CUCAACUCCUUUCCCCUUCUCCCUCCACUUCGAUCGAAACCACUACUCUCCUGCAAGCCCCUCUCAUGCGAUCCCUGCAGCCAAACCCUAGCGGCCUUGGUCUGACCCCUCCGUAUUGCUAGGGCUUGACGCACAAGUAAUGAAGCGGAGCAAGAGCGUCGAGUCCCUCCAGGGCCGUCGACGAAUGAUCUCCCAUUUCCUCCUCGGCGUCUCCACGCUUUACCUCCUCUUCAUCGCAUUCAAGUUCCGACGCUUCAGUGAGCUCUCCGCCUUCUUCAGCGGCGAUGGCAGCGUCUCCGACGGCGCCGCCGAUGUCGGUCGGGGCUUGUUCGGAUCGGCCCGCCGUGGCGGCGCGCACCACCGGAAGCUGGAGGAUGGCCUCCACGACGGCUACGGUCCCGUCACCGGUAUAGCGAUGAACCGUAACCUGCAAGGCGGGGUUCCCCACCGAAGGGGGAAUUUCUCGGAGUUGGAGAGAAUGGCGCAGGAGGCGUGGGCUCUGGGCAUCAAGGCUUGGGAGGAGGUGGAGAAAUACGGUUCAGACGUCGCAUUGAACCCUACCACGGCCGUCGAAGUUAAGCCGGAGUCAUGCCCGUCGUCAAUGAGCAUGGCUGAGGCUGCGACGGAAAAGGUGAUGCUUCUGCCCUGCGGUUUGGCAGUAGGGUCAUCGAUCACGGUUGUGGGCACGCCCCACAAUGCCCAUCAGGAGUAUGUGCCGCAGCUUGCGAGUCUGAGGCAGGGAGAUGGAACCGUGAUGCUGUCGCAGUUCGUGUUAGAGCUGCAAGGGCUCAAGUCGGUUGACGGUGAGGACCCGCCCAAGAUUCUGCAUUUGAAUCCAAGGCUGAAGGGUGACUGGAGUCAGAGGCCCAUCGUCGAGCAUAAUACUUGUUACAGGAUGCAGUGGGGCAAGGCACUGCGCUGUGACGGGGUGCCUUCCCAUGAGAACGAUGAAACUGUUGAUGAUUUUGUCAAAUGUGAGAAAUGGGAUCAUGAUGAUUCCUUGGACCCAAAGGAGACAAAGAUAACUUCAUGGUUGAAGCGAUUCGUUGGUCGUCCAAAGAAGCCUGACAUGGCAUGGCCUUUUCCAUUUGCAGAAGGCAAGCUGUUUGUUCUCACAAUUCAGGCCGGUGUUGAAGGAUACAACAUUUAUGUGGGAGGCCGACAUAUAUCUUCUUUUCCAUAUCGGACGGGUUUUAUUCUCGAAGAUGCGACAGGUUUAGCAAUUAAAGGAGAUGUGGAUAUACACUCUGUAUAUGCUACUGCUCUUCCGACUUCCCAUUUCUCUGUUCAACAAGUAUUAGAGAUGUCAGAAAAAUGGAAGUCCACUCCAUUGCCACGAAAUCCAAUUCAACUUUUCAUUGGCAUUCUAUCAGCUACAAAUCAUUUUGCUGAGCGCAUGGCUGUCAGGAAAACCUGGAUGCAGUAUCCUGCAUUCCUAUCAUCAAGGGCCAUAGCCCGUUUCUUUGUUGCACUGAGUCCAAGGAAGGACGUGAAUGCAGCACUGAAGAAAGAGGCUGAAUAUUUUAAGGAUAUUGUGAUUUUGCCAUUCAUGGACCAUUAUGAUUUAGUGGUUCUUAAAACAAUAGCGAUUUGUGAGUUUGGGGUCCACAACUUGACUGCAGCGUAUAUUAUGAAAUGUGAUGAUGAUACAUUUGUUAGGGUGGAUGUAAUACUAAGAAUUAUUGAAGCCAUUUCUCCUAAUACUUCUCUGUACAUGGGUAAUAUAAACCACUUCCAUACGCCACUCAGGAGUGGAAAAUGGGCAGUCACAUUUGAGGAAUGGCCAGAAGAGAUAUAUCCUCCAUAUGCGAAUGGGCCUGGAUACGUAAUCUCAAGUGAUAUUGCUAGAUUUGUUGUAGCCCAGCAUGCUAACCGAAGCUUAGGACUAUUCAAAAUGGAAGAUGUGAGCAUGGGUAUGUGGGUUGAAGAGUUGAACACCACCAUGAUAAUUCGAUAUUCCCACAGUUGGAAGUUCUGUCAGUAUGGAUGCAUGGAGAACUAUUACACGGCGCAUUAUCAAUCGCCUAGGCAGAUGAUAUGUUUGUGGGAAAAAUUGUCGCACAGCCGAGCUGAGUGCUGCAACUCUAGAUGAUUAAGGUGCUGGCCACCGGGUAAUUUCUUUGUCAAAUCAUUGGAGCUGGGGCAAAUUUUUUUAUCACGAGAUAUCAAAUUUGAGUGUGAUUUUGUUGGCCUAAGUAGCCUUCCCAGUUUUUGUUGAAGGGCUAUGGAUCGGCGUUGUCCCCUCAUCGUCAGUUUCUUGUAAAACUAGUAUACAUCUCUAUUAACAUAGGUUCCAAAUUUAGCUUUUUACAUAGAGAACAAUCAAGACAGGAUCAUAUGGUUCGACUUUUUCAA